GGUCUCUCCAGCGUCAGCUUCAGUGUUUCGAAGAGGAAUGGAGAUGUGUAUCUAGUGUUUCCUUAUUUUGGGUCAGGAAAGCACAGGCUUGUUGACUUCCUCUCCCUCCCUUCCUUCCUUCUCUGCGAAGGUACUCAUCUGAAAAAUGAGAACAAAGUGAUUGUUCCUGUUCUCUUUCUUAAGUCACUUCAAAUGCGGAGUGUGAAGCUGGAGGCGCGUAGAGAGAGGAGAGACGAGCAGGAGACGACAGCUGAUGGAGAUGAUAGUCUGAUGAUCCAGAAAUCGUGAUCAUGGACUCGUCGGAGAGCAAGCGUUCAGAAGACGCGAGCAGCAGAAGUGUAGAUCUGGCUCUUCUUCCUCCUCAUCAUCCUGUAUUUCCUCAUCCUCACCGAUUCACGCCAGAAAUGAUCGACCUCAGCCGGCUGCGUCUGCACCGUGUGCUGCACACUGUCAAAAAUGGACGGGAUUUCAAUGUGCAGGUGAAGCAGGAGCUGCCGCUGUGGCCUCCAUCUCCACUCCUCCUCCGCUCUCCAGCUCCAUACUUCCCUCCAUUCCACCCCAGCCUCGUCCCGUUCCCGUUCCUGCUUCCCGGCUCCGUCCCAAAUCUCUCCCCGAACCCUUUCUACCCCAGCGAGCCUUUCCGUGUGCACCGCAGGCCUCCGGACGGGCCUGAGAAGCUGAACGUGCAUGUAGACGACAGCUACUAUGUGGAUGUGGGAGGAGAUCAGAAACGCUGGAAGUGUCGGAUGUGCGAGAAAUCCUACACCUCUAAAUACAACCUGAUCACGCAUAUAUUGGGCCACAGCGGGAUCAAACCGCACGCCUGCAGUCUGUGCGGGAAACUCUUCAAGCAGCUGAGCCACCUGCACACGCACAUGCUCACACACCAGGGAACCAGACCGCAUAAGUGCCAGGUGUGCCACAAGGCCUUCACGCAGACCAGUCACCUGAAGAGGCACAUGAUGCAGCACAGCGAUGUGAAGCCGUACAGCUGCAGUGUGUGUGGACGGGGUUUCGCGUAUCCCAGCGAGCUGCGAGCGCACGAGCUCAAACACGAGCGCGGACAGGAGAACGUGUGUGUGGAGUGCGGACUGGACUUCCCCACGCUGGCGCAGCUGAAGCGGCAUCUGACGGCGCACCGCGGGCCCGUGCAGUAUGCCUGCAGCGAGUGCGGGAAGAGCUUCCAGUACCCGAGUCAGCUGCAGAACCACAUGAUGAAGCACAAGGACAUCCGGCCGUUCAUCUGCAGCGAGUGCGGGAUGGAGUUCGUGCAGUCGCACCAUCUCAAACAACACACACUGACGCACAAGGGAGUGAAGGAGCACAAGUGUCGCAUCUGUGGCCGUGAGUUCACACUGCUGGCCAACAUGAAGCGCCACGUUCUGAUCCACACCAACAUCCGCGCGUAUCAGUGUGAGCUGUGCUACAAGAGCUUCGUGCAGAAACAGACGCUCAAGGCUCACAUGAUCGUCCACUCCGACAUCAAACCCUACAAAUGCAAGCUGUGUGGAAAGGAGUUUAACAGAAUGCAUAAUCUGAUGGGCCACAUGCACUUGCAUUCUGACAGCAAACCCUUCAAAUGCCUUUACUGCGCCAGCAAGUUCACGCUGAAGGGGAACCUGACGCGCCACAUGAAGAUCAAGCACGGCAUCAUGGACCAGGGCCUGGAUGCUCGCGUGUGCAGACGCCAGGGUCGGUUGUGUCUCUCGGGCCCCCUGCGGAUCCUGUCCCGCAUCGGUCAGGACGAACCCUUCGAUCUGUCCCAGAAAAACCCACUGCGUCUUUCUCAAUCUGACGGCGAGAGCGUCCGCGGCGGCAGCUCCAGUCGAGAGGAGGACGAGGACAGCGUCUACAGAAUGAGCCAAUACAGUCCUGACAGAGAAAACCCUGCGGAGGCCCGAGACCAGGAGGACGAAAAGAAGACAUCACACCUCGCACAGAUACACAGCGACAAGGAGGAGGAUUUCUGAGCAGGACGACUUUGAGUUGUUGUCUUGUUUCUACUCCAGAUAUCUAAAAAUUCUUAAAUCAGGAAGCAUUUUCUAGAUAUAUAUCAGAUAACACUUUAUUUUAAGUAACAAUUCACACCAUUCAUUUACUUCUGAUUUAUAUCCUGCCUAAUAUUAAGAUAUUAAACAUUUAUUAGCACUUAUAAAGUAUGAUCUUAUUCUAAAUCCUUAAUACUACACUGUAAAACGUAAAAAGUUAAGGUAACUCAAACCAUUCAAGUUCAAAA